UUCGCCACCCCUUCCUCCCUUCCUUCCCUUCUCCAUGCCAUGCCUGCAAUCUAACGAACGCAUCACUGCCAUCUCCACCACCACCACCACCUCACUUGCACUCACUGGAACCUACCUGCCCCCCUUCCCUCCCUCGCCUUUCGUUUCUCUGCCUGCCUGCCUGACUGCCUGCCUGCCUCCCUCCCUCCCAGGAUUUGUGGUCUUAUUUUAUAAGAACCGAUUGGACUUGAACACAUUUACUUCCAGACUUGAACACAUUUACUUUUGCACAUUUACUUCUAUAGGUGAGUAGAUAUGUAUACCAUUUGUUGUGAUUAUUUAAUAGAUAAUCAAUAAUGCAUUUUUGUUACUUCAAAGAUAAGUAACUGUGAUUAUUUAAGAUUGAUGGUUUAGCUUUAAAAUUAUAGAUUCAAUUUGAAGGAUAGAAAAUUAUAUGGAUUGUGGGGCAAUGUGGUUAAAAGAGUGUUUGAUAAAUAUUCUUGAAAUAUUGAAUAAAUCUAAUAUGUAAUUUUCAAUAGAUUGUGAGAAGGUGAAAUUGGAUAUUUUAUAUUUAUUCAUCAUGGAAUAUCUUUUUGAAUUAUUCAAGUAAUAUAUGAAAAUGAUUUGAAGCUUUUUACAUGGUUUAGUCAUGUCAAGAUCUUCAAGCACCAUGAAAAAACAUGACAAAAUAUCAAGUAUACAAGAUAUUUUUGGAGAUACUUUGAAAAGAUCUAAAGUCUACAUUAGAACUUUUAAGGUUUUAUUAAACAAAAAUAAUUUAGUGAAUAGAAACCAAUGUACACAUUUGUGUAAGAAAAUUGAACAUGUUGCAAAGGCUUUUGACCACCUAAUGACUUGUACCAAUGGUGCAUUGGAGUUUGGACUUUUAUUGAAUGAGUUCUUUUUCAUCUUAAAUAAAUCUUAUUUUCUAGUAGAAAGUUGUGGAAAAUCAAAUUGGUGUGAAGAAGCCAUCUUCCAAUUGAAUAAUAAAGAGACUUUCAGGGAAUUACUUUUAGAUUUAAACUAUUGGUGUGAUAUAGUAAGUGAAAUGCUUUUAAAGUAUUAUCCCAACAAAUUUGAAGACAUUACAUUUGCUACUUUUGAUGUUGCAACUUAUGAUGAAGUACAAGGUGAUGUUCAAUUUCUACAUGAGAGGUUGAUUGAAGCAAGUGAAGAAGAAGAUUUUGAAUAUUGUGGACUAGCAAAGCAUCUACUACAAAGAUUAGAAGAUCUACUUUGUAUAGAAGAUGAGAAAUGGGAUGAUUUCAAACCAUCUUCAAACAUAAAGACUAUUGAAAUCUUAAAAUGCAUAACUGGUAGAAGUUAUGGGACAAUUUAUGAAUCAAAGUGGUUGGGAGUUUUGUGUGCAAUCAAAAAGAUGGAUGUUGCACUUAACAAGUUUUUUAAGAGAGAAGUGACUAUUUUAGCCAAUUUAUGCCAUCCUAACUUUGCAUUAUAUAUUACUUUGCAAUGAAAGGUAAUGCCAAUGAAAGUGGUGAAUCUUCCAAGAUAGUAGUUAAAGAAGACUAUUUGUAUAUAUGAAUGGAAUUGAUGCAAACAAAUUUAAAUGACAUGUUGGAAAAAGAAGAGCAAUUAUCUUACAUUUUUCUUAUUGAUGUUAUAUAUCAAAUUGCAAAAGGAAUGUUUUACUUGCAUGAUAUGCACAUUGCACAUUGUGAGCUAAAACCUCAAAAUAUUUUGGUUAAUGUUAUAAAGACAAAAAUUAUGAAUAAGAUUGUUCAACAUGCUUUUGUUAAAGUGAUAGAUUUUAGAAUAUCUAAGAUUGAAGUUGGAAGCAAUCCAAAAACUACAAAGAAUAAAUUUCCUUAUGGUACUGUUGCAUAUAUGGCUCCCGAAGUAUUGAAAAGCAAGUUUGAAACAAUAACAAUGUGUCCUUUUGAAGCAGAUGUUUAUUCAUUUGCAAUGGUCUGUUCUAAGAUUCUUUCAAAAAAAGAUCCAUUUGAUGGUGUUUAUGGAAUGAAAGAGAUAUUAGAAAGAAUUGAAAAAGAUGAAAGACCAAACUUACUUUCAAAUUGUGAUGAUUUGAUUGAGCUCAUCCAAGAGUGUUGGAGGUUGAAUCCUUUAGAUCAACCAAAGUUUGCAAAUAUUUGUGAAAGAUUGAACUUGUUAAAGAAAAAGUUUUUAAUUGGAAUUGAAGCGGCAAAUGCACCAUAUUUUGGAGUAUCAAAUAAGAAAUGUUAUCAAAUCACAAGAUUUCAGCAAAUACAUAAUAGAUUGCCAUUGGUUGAUUUACCUGAAGAAGAAAUAUUUGGUAGAACACAAUAUUCAUCACAAAUAAGAAAAUUAUGUGCAAAUAAAGUGAAGGUAUUGUAUCUUAUUGGAAUGGGUGGAAUAGGCAAGACCACAAUAGCAAAGGCUAUAUUGAAUGAUGUAAAAGACAUAUACAAUGCUUCAUGCUUUGUUGAGUGCAUUGAAAGUAGUAGUGAUUCCUAUACAACUUAUUGCAAUAUCUUAGAACAAUUUAAAGUCAAAGAAAAACCAAUGGAUGUAAAAAAAGCUCAUAAAAUGCUAAAAGCAUUCUUAAUACAAAACAAAACCAUCUUGGUCUUUGACAAUGUUAAGGAUCAAAGUCAAAUUGAAGAUGUUGUGCCCAUGGAUGACAUACUUGCUAGCAAUGGUAGCACAUUGAUUGCAACAACUCGAAAUUCAAAAGCAAUAAAGCAUUGUGGUAAAAAAGUUUGUGAAAUAAAUAUUAAAGAACUUGAUGAAGAAACAAGUACGAAGUUAUUUAUCACUCAUUCUUGUGGCCAAGAAAAUCUACCCAAUGAACUAGUUGAGGUUGGCAAAGAAAUUGUAAGAGCUUGUAAUGGCCUACCAUUGAGUCUAAGAGUUAUGGGAGCAUUUUUAAGAGAUAAGAAGAGACUAAGAUGUUGGGAGUGAGCUUUACAAAAGUUGAAAAAGAGACAAGAGUUGGAUGGAGAUGAAAACAAUAGUAACUACAAGAUUUGGAAGAUAUUAAGAGUAAGCUUUGACAAUUUAAAAGUUGAUGAGAAGAAAAUAUUUUUGGACAUAUGUUGUUUCUUUUGUAAUGAUGUGUAUCCACAAGGCAUGUCAAAAGAAAGAGCAUUGCGAUUAUGGGUCAAUAAUCAAGAAAACAUAUUAGAACAUGAUGUGGAAUAUAUAUUAAGUACAUUGAUUUACAAAUAAUUGAUAAAAGUAGACAAAGAUGAAAUUAUAAGAGUACAUGAUCAAUUACGAGAUAUAGAUAGGAACAUUGUUGAAAAAGAAAUGAAAUAUAAAUAUACAAGAAUAUAAAACUUAAAUGUAGAUUCAUUUUAUGGAUUUUCAAACAAGGUAA